UGCGCAUGCGUUGAAACCCUCGCACGCUGACUGGCGUAGAAGGGAAGAUUCUCGUCGUAUUAGUCGAAUCGCUGAUAUCGAUCAAUUAAGUAGCCAUGGAUGGAAGGUGAAAUUGGUGACAUCAGCUCCCCCAACCUCAACUUCGCCACCGCAGCUUCGCAGGAGCGACUCCCGGGGUGCCCUAAAUGUGGUGCGCCCUUUGCUGAGAAGAGUCGACAGCAGGACCUCGCUUCCUCCACGACCCUUUCAGCAGGUACGCCCGGUAAGGGCCCCCUUCAUCAGGCCCCCGUUCAAUGGCCCCUCGCCUAGGGGCCCUGAACCUGGUCUCCGGCCCCCUCCGCCAGGAUUAAGACCAUCCCCAAGAUUAUACCUUGCUCAGCCGCCCUCAAGAGAUGGCGUCGUCACUCCGGUAGGCGGUGGUAUGGGCGUCGAUACGUCUAGGCUGCAAGAACACGGAAGCAUCACUAAUAACGGGCAGAAGGAGUUAGACCCGGAGCAUAGACGGAAAGUGUUUAACUUUAUCAAGAACAGAAUCCACAGCAUGGAGCACCAGACCCAGGCCGAGGACAUAGUUCGUCCUGUUCCCCGCGCCGACGCAGACGUGUCUUCGGUCAACGGACACAUAAGCGAAAGUGCGUCGCAGAAGAAAUCCCCGGAACCUCUUAAAACGCCGUCUGUAUCGCCAAAAGUUCCCGCAGUGGUUCAGUUAGAACAGAAACCGCCUUCAGUCACGUCAAACAUACCUUCAGACCCGCAGAGACAGCCGUCAUUUUCUGCAAAGAUACUUCCGACGACUACUUCUGAGUCUUCGGAGGUGUCCAGCACGAUUUACGCUGAAAUACAGAAGCCUGCAUUGGCCGCAUCGAACUUGACUUCGUCUGAACCACAGAAACCUCCAUCUGCUACAUCCAAAGUGAUCCCCGGUGAAUCGGAAAGGCCUUCAUCGGUCGCGUCGAACUUGACUUUCACCGAAUUACACCGACCUUCGUCAGCAGCAUCCAACUUGAGUUUUGCCGGUCUACAGAGGUCUUCGUCGGCGGUAUCGAACUUGAGUUCCGUUGAUGUGCAGAGGCCUUUAUCGGCCGUAUCAAAUGUGAUUUCCGCUGAAUUACAGAAGCCUCCGUUGACUGCAUCCCCUGUGAUUGGCUUCGAAGUUCAUGGGCCACAGUCCAUCAUAGCCCCAGGGAUUCAGAAGCCAGAACUCGGCAAAGCGCCGAAGCCUUCCGAGAUACUUCAGAACGGACAGGCCGUCGGCGCGGGAAAGGAUGAGGAAGACGAUGAUAAGGACGUGGUCAUCGUGAUGACACCUGACGCCCAGUCGCCGUCAUCCCCAGAAACGGUGAAUGAGGGCAAGACGUCUGGACCAGCAGCUGUUGAAGAGCAGAAGACAGGCGUUUCUGUCGGAUUUAAGUCGCAGAUUGAAGAGAGUCUGAGUUUUGGGACCAAGACCAACGGGGCGGUCUACAAGAAAGAUUCUUCGAAUGAACGAGAACUGACGGACGCUGGGAAGGAGGAUGAUUCGUUCAAGGAAAAAACUGGGCAUGACAAAAGCGAAUCUCUGAAGGAAGGAAAAGAUAAGGAAUCACCAAAAAAGGAAUCCAAAGAUGAAGUGAUGAGGAAGUCAGUAGAAAUAGCGAAGGAUUCAGCAAAAAGUGAUAUAGAAAAUGUACUUGAAAGCACGAAAAUUGUAGAGAGUAAAGCGAUCGAGAAAGAGUCCACAAAGGAAAAAGAGUCGCCCAAAAGAGAAGUAGAUGGUACUUCGAAAAAUGCCGCUAAAUCAGCGAAAGAAACUGAAUUAGUCACAAAGGAAGUAUCAAGAAUAACAGGACAAGUAGAAGAUGUAAGAAAAGAAUUAGGAAAGGAGAACGAGAAAGGACACGGUCAGGAAGAAUCAGUUUCCUUGAAGAAUGGAAUUUGUAUUAAAGGAGAACAGAAUGAUGUACAGCCUGAAAAGGAAACGGAAGAAAGAAAGGAAAAGAAGAUGAUGGAAUCUCCAAAGAAAGCCGCAGGAGAGGAAAGAAAGUUUCCGACGAAGGAUCAGAAACACGAGGUUGAAGGAGGAGAUGCGAUUUCGGUGGACGUCGAAGCGACUGUGGAAAAGUCGCCUGGUGGAAAAUCUGAGAAAUUUAAGGAGUCUGGUAGAGGGAAAGAAGAUGGAGACAAGGCGAAAGUGUCUUCGGAAGAGAAGACACCGCAGGAACUCGAAAGGAAGGGCGAAUCGAUGAAAAAUAAAACAGAAAAUUCGCUCAACCAAGAGGCAUCAGAAGUAAAGAAAGAUUUGCCCAAGACGGAAAAAGCUAAUGAAGUUGGAAUAUUACAAGAUUCUUCAGUACUGGCUGUUGAAGAAGGUAAGAAAGAGUCUCCGAAAAGGAGAGACGAGAAUCAGAGAGAGAGAAUUGAAGAAUCUAUGAAGAAAGAGAAGGAAGGAUUUGGGGAAGAGUUGCCAACAGAGGAAGGAGAAAUUGUGGUUGGAAAACAGGAAGUGUCUUCUAAAACGGAGACGGAGGGAACAGAGAAAUCGAGCCCCGGGAAGGAAGAAGGAAUACUGACUGUUAAGAUGGCGGACUCGAAAUCGGGAGACGUAGAAACUCAGAGAAAGGAAAAGGAAAUCGAGGAGGGAACAGAAGCUCUCGAGGAAAAGACUUCGACGAAGAAAUCUCAGGCGAAGGAUUCAAAAUUACCCUCUUCUGAAGUAGAAAACGGAGUUCUUGGCCCGGAAAGUGUCUCUCCGGCUCUUUCGAAGUCGGCCACGCCCAAAAAGUCCAGAAUCACUUCAGAAUCUGAGUCGGCCACGCCCAAAAAGUCCAGAAUCACUUCAGAAUCUGAGUCGGCCACGCCCAAAAAGUCCAGAAUCACUUCAGAAUCUGAGUCGGCCACGCCCAAAAAAUCCAGAAUCACUUCAGAAUCUGAGUCGGCCACGCCCAAAAAAUCCAGAAUCACUUCAGAAUCUGAGUCGGCCACGCCCAAAAAGUCCAGAAUCACUUCAGAAUCUGAGUCGGCCACGCCCAAAAAGUCCAGAAUCACUUCAGAAUCUGAGUCGGCCACGCCCAAAAAAUCCAGAAUCACUUCAGAAUCUGAGUCUGCUACCCCCAAAAAGUCCAGAGCUCCUCCGCAAACGUUGGCAUCCACUGUCAGAGAACGAGGCGGAAAAACGACGCCUGAAUCCGCAGACGAGAAGUCACCUAGAAAGACAGCUCAGAAGGAUCAGGAGGACGCCAAACUUAGGAAGAGGGUAGUGAAGAAACGUCAGAAAGAGUCUCCUGAAGAUGUCACGAAGAAGCAAGAAGGUGACCACGACAGCGGAGUCGAUGAGUCAACUCAAGGAAAUGAACCCACCACGAAUGGCGAGAUCCACAAGUCGCCUUCUAAGAUCCCCAAGAAGAACGCUGGUGGCGUCACGUCACCCGUCAAGUCGCCCGUCAAGACGAGCGCCAAACCCAAGACGCCCGACACUGCAGCUACGGCGGCUCAGUCGGAUAAGAAAAAGGUGCCGAUGAACAAGGUGCAGGUGGGUUCGGCGCCGUCACCCAACCUGAAGACGGUGCGCUCCAAGAUAGGGUCUCUGGACAACGCGAGCUACAAGCCGGGCGGCGGGAAAGUGAAAAUCGAGAACCGGAAGUUGGACUUCAGUAAGACGCAGCCGAAGAUCGCCGCCAAGAACGAGACGUACGUCCCGGGCGGCGGCGAUAAGAAGAUCCAGCAGGUGAAGUUGGCGUGGAACGCCAAGUCCAAGGUCGGGUCCUUGGAAAACGCGACCCACAAGCCGGGGGGAGGCGACAAGAAGAUUGAGACUGUGAAGUUGGAUUUCAAGGAGAAAGCCAAACCGAAGAUCGGGUCCAAGGACAACGUUAAACAUCAGCCGGGAGGCGGCGACGUCAAGAUCGAGAACCAGAAGUUGGAAUUUAAGGCACAGAGCAAAGUUGGCUCCUUGGCCAAUGUGAAGUACAAACCAGGCGGCGGUGAUAUCAAGAUCUUUGACGACAAGGUCUACCUGAAGCAGAUCAGUGGCGGUGCUAGCAGCAUCGCGAGCUCUGAGGACGAGCGUGUCUCUGGCACACAGAGCCCAGUAGCCCAUUCGCCGUCCCAGGCGGAUUUCGAAUCCGGCUCUCACCACGAAGACAGCUAAGACAAUCCGCAUGGCGGCGCCACGGGCUGCUUUUGAUCUCGUCCCAUCUUCGAUUGUGAUUGGCUGAUGCUGACUUCAGAUUCUCCCUGCACAGUAAUUAGAGGGAGAGAGAGAAACUGAAAUCAUCUUUCAUUUGCAAUAAGACUUUAACACAUAACCUAUACUGUUGGACGCAACGUAAUUCAGAGAGGAAGAGAAUUAUCGUGGGUGAAUGUUGGUUGUACUGAAAAUACUGCUCCAGUUUGCUUCUUUGUUUCUUAUAUUGUUAGUUUUGAACAGCAUUGCACCUGAAUGUUGCUGAUUUUGCAGAUAGAAUAAUCCAAGCUUGACUCUUGCAAAAGAUCGUUGCUUGUAGCCAGUUUGUUCGCGGAAUAAUGACGCGAUAAUUGGUUGUCUAGGCAGCAGUGUGUUUAUAUUGGGCAGUGAUAAUGUACUUAUUUUAUUUUUUAUUGUUGUUGAACGUGCAGCCAAUCAGAUAACGACAGGCAGAUUUAGGAACCGUGAAGAUAUUAUCUACAGGGUGGUUGGGAAGUAAGUAAGUAAGCAUUAAAUAAUCGCUAUAUAUGGAAAUAUAGAGGUUAUAACCAUUUCUCAAUGCCUACUUACUUCCCACGAUGUUUGUAUUGGUCUUCACAUGUAUGACGCAUGCGCUAUCCGCCUUUCUGUGUAUUGUAAAAUAACCAUUUUAUAUAAUUUACGUUAUUGUUUUAAGUAUAUUUUGUCAUUUACUUGAGUAUAAUUUAUAUGAAAGAUUUAUUGAAAUUAAUCAUAACAUAAAAAUUUAGGUUUGCUUCAAUUUGAUAAUGUGCAAAACAAAACAGACGUAUAUAAUUUUUUAAAAAUUAUUUCUUGAAGCUUUUGAUGUCAUGAAUAUCAUUAUUCAAUACUGCAUGAGUCAUUGAAUUCUAAUAAUAUAUUCACGUUUUUUUUUCGCUUUCAAAAAGGGUAUAUGACGCAACAAUCGUAUAGUUAUCCCAAUGAUUGUUUGCUUGAGAGCACUUAACCUACGACCCAGCACUCCAGAGUCGCCUGGAACCAUGAAAAUGGCUGUGUACAUUAACAGUACUUUUGUCCGCAUUGCGAUUGUCACUUUUUCCUUUCACAGAUGCUAAUCAUUCCCCUCUCAUAAUGACUUUCCGAGAAAAGUAAUCUCUGCUUUUUAUAAAGGGGAUACGAAUACCUGAGUACAGACUUUUUGUCUAAUUGAAUGGUAUAAUUUCAAAUGUUAUUGCGAGCUGAAAGAUAUGUAUCAAAUUAAAUAUGACGUUUCCAUAAAUUUGAUUAUCAGAUAUUACAAGAACUGGCAAGUUUUAGUAUUUCAGGAACGAAAUAUAUUUUUAUAACCUAAUAAUUCUUGUUGUGAUUUAAACAUUAUUUUACGUGAUUAUGUAGCUUAGUAUUGACUAUACCGUGUCUGGAUCUAAAGUCAUACAUUUCAUUACAUUGAUAAUUAGAAAAUAUAUGAAUUAUUUUUUUUAGUACAAGUUUUCUGGUGCCCCGAAAGAACAUGGACGUUUUGAAAGUGACAAAAUAAAUUUCGUUUCAAUGUGUGAACUGUAGAUACUUUGUCAAACACCAAACCAACAAAGACACAAUGUCUUUGGUACAGUACAAAUUAAUUGAAUACCCGUCGUUAUAAUUGGAAUUUUAACGAACUGCGUUCUAAAUAAACGCCUGAACUGUCUUCUCACAUUACUGUGAAAGCUGUUUCCCCCCCUCCCCGCAAAGCUCCGACGUGGCGUGCAGCUGCAGUGAACAGUUUAAAGUUGCUGUUUCACUGUUGAGGUUAUGUUGUCAUUUCUAACGAGCUGAAACAAUUGAAUGAUUAGCAUCUGUGUAGUGCUUAUAAAUACAGCUUUGUAGUAUUGUGUUGUUGUCUGUUUGUAGAGAUAAUAUCUGCAAUAAAUGUCACCUGUAUCACACUUUA